AAGUGUGGCACCCAAGGUCACAAAUCGUUUGAGUGCAAGAACACCAAGGUCAUGAUCACUAUGGAGAAUGGUGACAUCGAGACUCUUGAUGAGGAUGAAUAUGAAGCCCUUGUGCAACAUGACCCAAGUCCCUCACUUGUGGUCACAAGGGUGCUAACCACACAACCUCAUGCUAUGGAAGACCAACGGUGCAACAUCUUCCAAACCCGUGCCGGAAUUGGUGGCAAGUCGAUCAAGGUCAUCAUAGAUGGUGGAAGUUGCCAUAACCUUGCAAGCACCGAGUUGUGUGAGAAGCUCCACCUUACUCUCCGCAAGCAUCCUCACCCCUACCAUAUCCAAUGGUUGAGUGACAAGGGCAACGUCAAGAUACAACAUACCGUCACCGUCAACUUCAAGAUCGGCCCUUAUGAGGACACCAUCGAGUGUGACGUGGUACCCAUGACGGUGUGCCACAUGUUGCUUGGCCGCCCUUGGCAAUAUGACAAGAAGGAAUUUCAAGACGUCUUCCCCGACGAGCUCCCUCAUGGACUACCACCACUCCGCGGCAUAGAACACCGCAUCGACCUCAUACCCGGCGCUCCGCUCCCAAACCGUGCCGCCUACCGCACCAACCCCGAAGAGUCCAAGGAGAUCAACCGGCAAAUUCAAGAUCUCCUCGCCAAAGGGUAUGUCCGUGAAAGCCUUAGCCCUUGUGCGGUUCCCGUGAUCCUUGUGCCUAAACCGGAUGAGACGCAACGUUUUGUGGUUUCCGCUAAUGGGAUUGAAGUUGAUUCUUCCAAGGUGGAGGCCAUCCAUAAUUGGCCUACCCCUACAAAUGUUGGUCAAGUCCGAAGCUUCCAUGGACUUGCCGGGUUUUACCGGCGCUUUGUGAAAGAUUUUAGCACCAUUGCUUGCCCUUUGAAUGAGCUUACCAAGAAGAAUGUUCCGUUUGUUUGGGGCAAAGCCCAACAAAAUGCUUUUGAUGAGUUGAAGAAACGCCUUACCGAAGCUCCCCUUCUUGUUCUUCCAAAUUUUGCAAAAACCUUUGAGAUUGAGUGUGAUGCAAGUGGGCUUGGUAUUGGUGGUGUUCUUAUGCAAGAGGGCAAACCCGUGGCAUACUAUAGUGAGAAGUUAGAUGGCGCACGCCUCAACUAUCCUAUAUAUGACAAGGAGCUCUACGCUUUAGUUCGUGUUCUUGAAGUUUGGCAACACUAUCUUUGGCCAAAAGAGUUUAUCAUUCAUUCCGACCAUGAGUCCUUGAAAUAUUUGAAAAGCCAACACAACUUGAACAAACGACAUGCAAAAUGGGUCGAGUUCAUUGAGUCCUUCCCAUAUGUGAUCAAAUACAAGAAGGGCAAGGACAAUGUUGUGGCGGAUGCUCUUUCCCGCAAGCAUGAUGGCUAUUUGUUUAAAGCUAACAAGAUUUGCAUUCCCGAGUCUUCGCUUCGAAAAUUGCUUUUGCAAGAGUCACAUGGAGGAGGUCUUAUGGGUCACUUUGGUCGAGAGAAGACAUAUGCCAUGCUCUCAACCCACUACUAUUGGCCAAGAAUGUACCGCGACGUCGAACGCCUUUGCCGCCGGUGCACCACAUGCUUACAAGCUAAGUCUACCUCCAAUCCCUAUGGUCUUUAUACCCCAUUGCCUAUUCCAUAUGCACCAUGGACCGAUAUUAGCAUGGAUUUUGUUCUAGGAUUGCCUCGCACUAAGCAUGGUCAUGAUUCUAUAUUCGUGGUAGUGGAUAGAUUCUCUAAGAUGGCUCAUUUCAUACCUUGCCAUAAGAGCGACGAUGCUUCACACAUUGCUUCAUUGUUUUUCAGGGAAAUCGUUCGCCUACAUGGAGUACCGCAAAGCAUUGUGUCGGACCGAGACGUCAAGUUCAUGAGUUAUCUUUGGAAGACGCUCAUGGCAAAGUUUGGAGUGAAGCUCUUAUUCUCAUCAUCCUCGCACCCGCAAACGGACGGCCAAACGGAAGUGGUCAAUCGAAGCCUCUCCACCCUCCUACGCAUCCUCGUGAAGAAAAACUUGAAGUCAUGGGAGGAAUGCAUACCACACGCGGAGUUCGCCUACAACCGCGCCAAGCACUCGACUACAUCAAGGAGUCCCUUCAUGGUCGUCUACGGGUUUGAGCCGCUCACGGCACUCGACAUACUACCACUUCCCCUCGUUUGGAUCCACCUCCGGAAAGAACGGUUCCCUCGUGAGCGCAACUCCAAGCUCAAGCCAAGAGGAGAUGUCCCCUUCAAGGUUCUCAAACGCAUCAACAACAACGCUUACGUCAUCGACAUCCCCACCUCCAAGUACUUGGUGAGCAACACCUUCAACGUUGCGGACUUGUCGCCAUAUCAUGAAGAUGAAGAGGAACAAGAGUCGAGGACGACUCUUUCCCAAGGGGGGGGGAGAUGAUGCGGGGUGGCCUUCGGUCACCUCCACACCAAGACCAACAAGUCCCCCAAGUGGACCGAUGACACGAGCCCGAGUCAAAGCGCUACAUGAUGAGGUGAACUCGCUCCUCACCACCCUUGAUCUUGGUACACCUUUGGAUGGAUUGCUACCUCAUGCCGACGUGUUAUGUGUCAUUAGGUAC